AUGUCAGAGACCAACAAAUGGAACAACAAUCGGGACAAACGGCCAGACGCUAAACUAUUAAGGGCUCUGAUUCCUUAUCCUGAAACAAGCCAUCCGAGCCAUUCUGCCGACUUGGAGAACGACGCCAGUCGAUGUCAUGCACCGAGAAAGCGGCAUACCGCCGGCUGCCAGCUUCUUGAAGCGAGACGAAUCAGAUUCUCGGCACGCAUAAAGUCUUUGGACCCUGCACACCCUCUGGUGAAGCGCACGAUCGAGGCAGAGCCACUGCCCAUCGUCAAGGGCAUCAAGUUGAAGUACCAGCUACCUGAAAAGCCGUUUCCAACUAGACUAAGGAGGACAGACAACCUGCUACCUCGAUGCCAGCGCCCAGUCCUUCUCCCACGCAAGUACGCCAGUGAGCCACUGCCGCCUCUUCAAACCGCAGCAAAAAAAGAGGCCGCGGAGGGGUUUAACGCAUGGCUUGAAUCUGUCUCGCCCCUCACCGUCAUUGUGUAUUCAGACGGCUCUCUUUCCGAGAAAGGUGCCGCUGGAUAUGGCUUCACUAUUCACCAGAACGGACGUUCCCUACGCCAGGGCGCGGGACGCCUUGGCCCCGCUGAGGUGUUCGACGCCGAGGUCAGAGGAGCACUGGAUGGGCUGAAAGCUGCACUCAGACUGCCGCAAUCCGCCUCGCAAAAGAUAGUCGUGUGCCUUGACAACAUCGCAGCCGCCGGAUGCCUGCGAGGACAACCUUCUGACUCAUCGCAGGGGGUCUUUCUCGCCUUCCAAGCCCUUGCAAAGAGACACAGACAGACAGACAUCCGCUGGAUACCCGGACACAGCAACAUUGCAGGGAACGAGCAAGCUGAUGUGCUCGCGAAGGUAGGAUGUACGCAUCCAGAACCCAUGAAUGCAGCCCCAACCCUGGCCUUCCUGCGUAGAGGCGCGAAACGGCAGUGCAAAGACGUAGCUCGCGCCUGGUGGAACGAAACUGCUCCUGACAAGUACCGCUCUCUAAACCUAGACUUCCCAAACUGCUGCCCUCCAGAGCUUGACCUCCCCCGGCCAGUGCUUCAUCACCUCCUUGCUGCCAGAAACCACCGUGAUUUUGCCGACUACCACGAAAGGUUUGGCCAUGACGACGCAAAGCUGACAUGUUCCUCCAGCUGGCGCAAGUCCCCGACACAUCUCUUCUACUGCAGAAAGGUCGAUCCACGUCACCGGAUGAGGCUGGCACCCUCGCCGGUAGUAGCGAUCGACCGCGCGAUAGGCAGAGACUUUGAAAAUAAAGGACUUCGGAUUCUCCUCCUCGAUUGGGUUACUUACCACAAUCUGCCUUUCGACAUUGUCAACACCGAACGGUUUCAGCGAAUCCUUCUCUAUGGCAACCCGCUUCUUGAUGUCGCUCAUAUCCCCUCUGCGAAAACUCUUUUUCGCAUGCUCGAGUCUGAGUAUAGGGGCGCUGUAGGGCCGGUUACUGAAAUAUUGAACUGCGCUCGAUCACAAAUCCAUUUUUCCUUCGACGGUUGGACCUCAAAAACGUACACUUCAUUCUUGGGGAUCAACGCCCAAUUUAUCGACCGCAGCUUUGUUCAGCACCGAAUACUUCUUGGGUUUCGACCUCUCUCGGGUAGACACAAUGGUGCAUCGCUUGCAGAUGAGGUCGCUGAUACGCUCGCAUUUUGGCAGAUCAACGACCCCGACAAACUUGGGUAUUUCACACUCGACAAUGCUACCAACAACGACACCUGCAUGGAAGAGCUUGCGUUUGAACACAACUUCUCUUCUGAAGAGCGAAGAAUUCGGUGUGGCCCGCAUGUGAUCAACCUCUCCGUCCGGGAUCUGCUUUACGGGUCAAAACGGGAGAAUUUUGCUGCCAUUGUCGCAGCUGAUGGCGAUGACCAGGAUGAGGAUGAGCACAUUGAUCAUGCCAUCGACGAGGCUCUGAACGGAGAAACGGACUACGAGGACGUGGAGAUGCAAGCAGAUGCUGUUGUGGACCCAGAUGAGGACUUUACGUCGUCACAUCCGGCCCCAGAGGAGAUCAACGAGACCAAUUUCAGGGAGUACAGCCCAGGCUUGGAAAUCGAUCGUACAGAUCGAUUCUGA